GCGGCGAACAAACUUUCUUUCCCAUCAGCUCCACCGCCUUCAUCGUCAUCAUCAUCAUCAUCCUGUGAAUCCCACCAACCCCAGCUGAGGAAUUAUGUCAGCAAACAACACCACUUGGUCACCAGAGACGGGAGACGGCGAAUACACCUGCGUGCGCUUUUAUGUGUCCACCGUAUCCUUCUCGGUGCUGCUCUUCUUCAACUUCCUCAUCAACUCGACCAUAGUUCGCGUGGAGCGGCUCCGGAAUCAUGCCCGCUUCGUGCUGGUUUUCCACCUGCUUGUAUCCGCCCUGGUUUACCUGGGGAUGAGCAGUGUCUUCUACUACCAGAUCCACCUAGGCGCGCGGCCAGGCCGCUCCGCCUGCCUGGCCAUGAUCACCAUCUUGAUCAGCAGCGCCUCCAACAUCCUGCUGACGCUCACGGCCAUGGCUCUGGACCGCUACUGCGCCGUGUGCCACCCGAUGCGCUACACCUCUACCUGCAUGUCGGGUCACUGGCCCUGGGUGCUGGGCGUGCUCACCUGGCUGGUGGCUUUGGUCAUUCCCCUAAGCUUGAUCCUCAACCCAGACUCCUCCAACACCACCACCGGGGACAACUAUAACGGGGAGUGCGGCCGGGAACAGCUGAAGAAAGGCGAGCUGCAGAAGGUGCUGUUCAUAGGUUUGUGCACGCUGCUCAUCCUGUACAGCUACGUGAGGAUACUAGUAGAGGGGCGGCGGUUAGGAGUGCUGAACCGGCGGAACCGGGCCGGGUGCAGGACAAUAGCACUGCAUGGGAGCCAGCUGGCUGUGUACAUCCUCCCCAACUUUGUGAACUUCGUGCUGACGAUAUUGUUCAAACGGGGGCUCAUACAGCCAGAGACUAAACAGCUGUCAGCCGUGGUUAUAUUUGCUUUCUUCAGUUUGGCGCAGUGCGUUGCGCCGGUUGUUUACGGUUUGCGCAAAGAAGAACUACUGGAGCAGCUGAGUCGCAGGUUCCCCUGCUGCUCCCGAUACUUGAAGAGUGCCCUCGGCUGGACUGUGAACGUAAACUGGACACAAACCCAACCAAAAACAAGGGAGCGAACACUGACAGCCCAGACGAUCAUUUCCCUCGAGGUCCCGCAAGUCCCACAGGAGGAAGAAACAUCGCCGAUGCCAGUCAGGAGUUCCUCACAUGACUUGCACUCAUGUCAAGACGAUUCGGACAAUGCGUGACGAGGGAAAAGGCAGGUCAAUGUCAGGAUCAAGACAGCCACAGGAACAUUUGGAUAAGUGGCUGUUCUCAUUUCAGGCCUGAAAGGAAUUAAAGGAACCGCCUUGGACACAGUCAUCCUGAUCCAUAAGGUUUCUUCCUCACCAGAGAACAUUAAGACCUGGAAGUGCAUCAGUGUCACGCCACCACAUCAGCAUGUUUAUACUUUGCUAAAACCUUUUGUCAGGGGAGCACAAGGUGAAGCUGCUCGCUGGCCAACAGCAGAAGACAGGACGGUUUCCGAAGAAGUGGGCAGUUCUCUUAUUGUACAUUUUCCUGGCUGGUCCAGGAAAUCUUCAGGACAUCUCUGGCCUCUACAAACAGCCCUGCAUCAUUUGGGAUUGAAAUGAUUGGGAUGGAGGAUAGACUUAAACAUACCAUCCGGUGAAUGUUGUUUCUAUGUUUGUUCAACCUUGUGGAUAUUAAAAAAUUGUGAGUUUAA